GCUCGUUUAUCUGCAAUCCUUUUGCCCUUCUUCCUCCCACAAACUCCUCAGAUAGUGUGAGGGUGAGAGUGAGAGUAGGGAAGAAGAUAAAAAAAAAGGACAGAAGAGAAUGGCGGCUUCACUGCAGGCAGCAGCCACUCUCAUGCAGCCCACCAAGGUGGGGAGGAGCAGCUUGCAACUGAGGUCAUCACAGAACGUAUCCAAGGCCUUUGGGCUGGAAUGCGGUGCUGGCUCCAGGGUCACCUGCUCCCUCCAGGCUGAUCUCAAGGACUUGGCCCAGAAGUGCGUCGACGCCACCAAGAUCGCCGGCUUCGCCCUCGCCACCUCGGCCCUCGUCAUCUCGGGUGCCAGUGCAGAGGGAAUCCCCAAGAGACUGACCUACGAUGAGAUCCAGAGCAAGACCUACAUGGAAGUCAAGGGGACCGGUACGGCCAACCAGUGCCCCAUCAUCGACGGUGGGCGCGACUCGUUCGCCUUCAAGCCUGGCAAGUACAAUGCCAAGAAGCUCUGCCUCGAGCCGACCUCCUUCACCGUGAAAGCCGAGAGCGUGAACAAGAACGCUCCCCCAGAGUUCCAGGACACCAAGCUCAUGACCCGCCUCACCUAUACCCUCGAUGAGAUUGAGGGCCCCUUUGAGGUCUCCUCCGAUGGCACCAUCAAGUUUGAGGAGAAAGACGGGAUUGACUAUGCCGCCGUCACUGUGCAGCUCCCCGGGGGCGAGCGUGUGCCCUUCCUCUUCACCAUCAAGCAGCUCGUGGCCUCCGGGAAGCCUGAAAGCUUCAGCGGGCAGUUCCUCGUGCCCUCGUACCGUGGCUCGUCGUUCCUUGACCCCAAGGGCCGUGGUGGUUCCACCGGGUACGAGAAUGCUGUGGCUCUGCCCGCCGGUGGGAGAGGAGAUGAGGAGGACUUGACUAAGGAGAACAUCAAGAACACCUCGUCUUCGACCGGGAAGAUCACGCUGAGCGUGACCAAGAGCAAGCCCGAGACAGGAGAGGUGAUCGGCGUGUUCGAGAGUGUUCAGCCAUCGGAUACCGAUUUGGGAGCUAAGGUGCCUAAGGAAGUGAAGAUCCGGGGCAUCUGGUAUGCUCAGCUCGAGUCAUAGAAGGGCUUUAAUCGUUAUCCUUUGAAUGAGUUCGUUGAAUGAAUGUAUCUACUUCUGGGUUCAGAUUUUGCUAAGAAGUCGUGAGCUGCUAAGACUAUUAUCUUGUUUGUAUAUUAACCUUUUUCCUUCAAGAAUAUCAUUCUAAGUUUCAAGGUCAAA